AAUGGUGCUUUGGAUUCCAGUCUGUUGCUGUAAUAACGAAUUGUCGUGUCGUUUUCAACGAAAUUGGCCCCGAUGGAGCAGCUGCUACCGCUGAUGAAGAUGAUCGGCUCUUUCCUAAAUGCUUACGCACCACCCGAAUCCCUGUAGGCAAGUUUCCCGAUGUGCCUUUCGGUGGAGGACCUAGGAUGUAUAUCCAAUUUUUUGGGUACGUGGAUAUACAUCUUUGUACUUUAUCUUCCUAUCUUGAAUUUUUAUCUUCCUACUUAUGGUAUUAUUAUUAA